UUAUCUCUCUCUCCCUCCCUCUCUUUCUUCCCCCCGCCCGAGAGCGGGUGACGCAAAUCCCGGUUCUCAAACAUGCAGUGAGAAUUCGCCGACGAACAUGCUGGCAUCGACGUCCAUCUGCGCAUGCCGUCUCCCGCCCAACGUCGCUCCGUCCAGCUUCCUCCUCAGGAAUGGCGUCCCCGGUCCUCCUCGACGUCGCAGCCGGAGCUUCAAGAUCGUCGCGAGUUCUUCGAAUGAGGUAGAGGCUCGGGCCGUCGCGGAGCAAGGAGGAGGGGAGAAGCAAGAAGAAGCCGCGGGAUCGGACGGACCCGACAGACCCUCCACUUCGACGUCAGCUUCGAAUGCCGCGCUCGAAAAAGACCUCAAGAAGGUGGUUCAAAAGACAGCUUCAACCUUCGCUCCAAGAGCUUCGACAGCCUCAAAAAAUCCUGCUGUUCCCGGAACUGCCUUGUAUACAGUUUUUGAGGUUCAAGGCUAUGCAUCAUUGCUUCUCGGCGGAGCCCUGUCUUUCAAUCUUUUAUUUCCAUCGAACGAGCCCGAUAUAUGGAGGCUGAUGGGAAUGUGGUCUAUUUGGAUGUUCACAAUUCCUUCUCUUCGGGCCCGAGACUGCUCAAAGAAUGAGAAGGAAGCCCUUAAUUAUCUGUUCCUUCUCAUCCCAUUACUCAAUGUCAUAAUCCCAUUCUUUUGGAAGUCUUUUGCGGUUGUCUGGUCUGCAGAUACCGUGGCCUUCUUUGCAAUGUAUGCGUGGAAGAUGGGGUGGCUCCAACAAACAGAGUGAAGGCCUAAAAAGGACUUCUCUUUAACUGUAUCUAUGAGCUCGGACUCAGGCGUCUAACUAUGCAAGUUUUUUCUGCCUUUACCUCGUGAUGGAUAGAUGACCUUUCCUGAGCAACAUCCCAUCAGAAGCAGGUUUCUCCGUAAGUUGGCAGUGUUUGAGCAAUUACCUCAAUUAGAAAGAAGGAGAAUCUUUUCUUGUAUAAUCAUGAGAUCGAUCCCUCUAUAAAGUCGAAAUCUGGCUACCGCUCGUUUUCUUGCCUUUGAGAAAUUUCUAUCUGGUAUCUUUGCUUUUGUUUUCUAGGCUUUGAGUAGGGAGUCCAAAGUAGCGUUCAAGAAUUUGCAUAUAUACAAUUUGGGAAAGAGGUGUUGUAGAUUAAUUUAAAGAUAUAAAGAUGUUUUUAAAGA